UUGGAGAGGUGCGCAGGGACGGGGAGGAGGGUGCGCGCGUUUGUUUGCAGCAACCAAACGGGGAGAAAGGAGGAGCUGAGAAGAGGAAGGGAGUUCGAGGCGAGACUUCCGGGAAGAAGAUGAGCGUUGCGGAGGUGCUUUUACAUACGGAGAUGCUGUUGUAAACCUGGGAAUUCCGAAGAGAGCCUGGAGUGUAGAAGAUGAGGAGAAGCAGGCUGCAACUCAACCUUAGCGAGUGGUUGUGGGAUUUUGGUCCCCUGCGGUCAAGAGAGCUGACAUCUUUGGCUCUGGAUGGGGUAACACUCCCCUGGACAGAACUGUUGACUUCCCAAUGAUGACAGGAGCUGCUUCUCGGAUCCUGUCAAGCAAGUUUAUAUGCCAUGAAUAACACCACCAUGCCUACUUCUGCUGGGCCAACCAAUGACUCCCUGGUGGGUUACAUUCUAGUGCCGUUUUUCCUUAUCACCAUUGUUGGAAUCAUCAUGGCAGUGAUGAUGUAUAUCCAGAAAAAAAGGAGAUAUGAUCGACUACGCCACCAUUUGUUGCCAAUGUACAGUUAUGAUCCUGCGGAGGAGCUACAUGAGGCUGAGCAAGAACUCCUAGUGGAGCCAGAGGACACUAAAAUGAUGCGAGGUUGGGGAGGAUACCAGCCCUAUCGUAAUUCAUUUAUGGAUGUGAAAGCUUGAUGGUACUCAUCUCGGACUGAUCACAGAGGGUAGAUGGAUGACCUCUUCUACCUGGCAUGUGUGCCAACUUGAAUGCCAUUAACGUUGCUGCCUUUCUUUACACUUCAGUACUACAGCCUCUUGACGUGACUUCCAGUAACAGAAGGUGUGAUGGAUGCCAGCCGUGUCGAGGAGAUUGGCACUGAGCACCUGGUACAGAGUAGCCCAGGGGGGGUUGGAGAAUUGUGUUUGGAACUAGGACAGCUUGCUAUGUGGCAUCAUUCUUCGUAUCAACCAUCUCCUAAUUUGCAUUUUAUGUGGAUGAUGAGAUGCAGGAGUUUAUGAAAUUUUGAGUAAAAUAUCACUGAAUAGCUCUUGCAUUACGGGCAUCAAUCCUCAAAAGCUCGGCUUCGUUUAAAAAAAAAAGCAAAGCAGUCAACCUCCAUUUCCUUUUGUGAACAAAGAGCAUCAGAAUGCAGCUGCUGUGAUAUCCCAGCACAUUGCUUGCUGCCUUCUCUCCUUACUUGCCUAAGAAUGUAAAAGGGUGUAUUAUUUAAAGCUGUUGGAUUCCUGUAACAUACUGCUGAACAGAUGCGAGCAAAGUGAAUAAAAUCGCCAAAUGCGUAACUUGG